AUGCCCAGCGAACCUUCGAGACACAUUCUUGGUUGUUUGGCCGACUCUCCCGAAUUCCCUCUUUCUUCGGUUCGCUGCCUCUCCUGGACCAUGAUCGACAUCCGACGUGGUCUGCUGGACUCCGAACACAUACUUGGCCAACUCUGUUCCCCCAGUCCAUACUGUAUUGUCCAUCCCCUCUGCCGGCCGAGGGCGGAUCACAGUGGCAACGCUAGACCGGAUGCGGUGGCGCCGGCAGUGGACUCUGGGGCAACCACCAAUCAGAAGCAUCCACUUUGGCGCUAUCGCCCAGCUGCAUGA